GGCCAGUGUUCGAUCGAUUUGUCGCGACGUCAACAAUCAACAUGGCCGCGAUCCUACGAAUACAAAACACGGAGUAAAGUUACUCCUGAGUAAAGAUCAGUAUUUUCAAUAAUAAUGACUUAUCGCAGGUUUGCGCGUGAUAGCGUUUGACGUUCGUGAAAGAAAACUCGACGAUAAUAUCAUGUGAAGAUACUUCUUGGAACGUUCGGGUAGCGUAAUCCACCUUUCGACAUACACCGCAUCGUUCUUAACGUAACACAAGGCGAUACGCAGGUGAACGAUGAGCCCCAAUAAAAGGAAGAUAUUCGAGUCGGACACGUCCGAUGAGGAGGACAGUUUCAAACAUCGACGCAGUUCUCUGAGGGUCAACUUGAGUCGCAGCGAUAAUCAGACGGAUUCCGGGAACGGAUCUCUCUGGAGAACGGAGAUCGAGAACGACGAGGGAGCUGCGAACGCGGCGCAAGCUGUCGGAAGAUCGUCGAGAGGCAGAGGAAAUACCGCGGACGAGAGGAUCAGUCGCCGAUCUGAUCCCGGUCACAGGGAUCAUACGCGAGCCGGAGCAAGCAAUACGGAUAAUAAGCGUGCUGCGAGCAACGACAGUGGGACGUCCGCUCAAGGAUCAAAGGUCAAGGAGGGAGUGCAGUUGAAACGCCUCACGAUAAAUCUGGAGGACAUCAGCACCAAGGAGCGUCACCUCGUGACGAGUUGCGAGCGUUUGAAGGACGCGAUCCUGUCCAAGACUAAGCAGAUAUUUGACGGGGAGAACGAGCUCUCCGUGAAGACCUUGAAGGUGUUGCGGGGAAGUAAGGAAAAGCGUCUCGCGAGUGGUACGCGUAAUCCAAGGAGAACGGAAAGCGAAACGGUCGUGCUGGACGCGACUGAUCGCCCGGCAGAAGGAGGGGAACAGCCCUGCGCUGCAGGAGCUGCGAGCGAUCGCCGCGGCGCAGAUUCCAAUAUCGUCGCCACACCGAUGAGCAACGACAGACGGGGAAGCCUGGAGAGAACCGUGGAUAAGUCUAGAUUGACUCAGAGACGACUUGUGUUCGUUGAGCGGGACAAGCAGGUGCAGGAUGGACAAACGAGAUGCAGAAUUAUCGAGGAUGUUGCUCUGAGGAGAAACUCUCCGCCUCCGAAACAAGCGGACGAAACCAGCAGUCCUAUAUUGAGCGGCAGUAACAGAAGACUCAGCUUGUUUGGAGGACGAGGCAGGUUGCGUUCGCAGAAUCAGUACCUUGACAACGCGUGCUCGACCGUGCACUCCGUUCGGACCACGAGCAUAGGAAUGCCCGUCGUUUGCUCCACCUUCAUUGACGAUAACGCAACGACGGGUGAGAGAGGAACCGACUGCAAUGACGCGAGCGCAUCUCGUGCCACGCAUACGACGACCAGAGUGAUAUCUAUGGAGAUGACGGAGGUCCAGGGCGGUGUUCGUGAGAGACACGUGUCUGUACGAAGUAGAAUGUCAGACGCGAGUAACAGCACGGAAGGGGAAUCGCACGAGGAAGGAAGUAUGGAGCGAAACAAAGACGCAGUCUCGCCGAGACAAGAAAACAUUGAAUAUCCUGUGAGCGGAGCUAUCUCGAAUGAGAUACCGCAGGUGCGCGACGGUAGAAUUAAAGGCCAAAAUAAAAAAUCCUGUACGAUAGCUCUAUCUGAUAGCGAUAACACGAUGCGAUCAUCUUUAAAAGUAAAUACCUCGUUGGACGAACUGAUUGAAACCAGCAGAGCGGGGAACGUUCGGAAACCAAGCGAUUAUCGAGCGAACGAUGCCAAUCAAGAUUUCGCAACGGCGAUUAAUGGGAAAAAAUCAAUCGAUUUGAACGAUCAACGCGAAAGUACGAAUACCGCUCGAACUUCGUUGCAAAUGAACACGUCGGUAGAUUCAAUGCGCGAAACGUGGCGAGGAAGAAGCGAUGAGGACGAUAAAGAACGAAGUCGUUCGAGUAUGAAAGAUUCAUCAACAACAGGAAAUAAAGAAACGAGGAAUGAAGACCUAGACUCUUUAGAAAACAUUAGUUUGAUUGAGAGAUUAAGAAAUAUUUCUGUGAGAAAUCCGGUUUCUCAUAAUGAUAAAUCAAGAUUCUCUAAAAUGAGGGAUGAGGACAAAAGACGCUCGAGUAACAGCGGAGAUAGCUACAGUUACGUCGAGGGAACGCCCUAUCCGAUAAGCCGCUUGGUUCUGUUCAGAUCGCAAUUAAAACAUAAAACGAAGCAUUUGGAUGACGCAGCAACCUGCAGCAGCGGCUUAAAUUCGAUGGGCAAUGAGGAGAGCAAUGAUAAAACUAAAUCAGCUGCUUCGCACUCGAAAAUUUUAAAUGAACGGCAUACGUCGUCGACCGAGACACAAAAAACAAUGGAAGCUAGCACAGUUACUGUGGAAGAUACGCCCAACUCUAAUCCUUUUGUUACUCAAAAUCAAUUGACGGUCAUAAAGGGUACGCCCGAUGGAACGAGGUGCGAAACGGACGAAAAGAAUACGGAUGUACAAAACACGGAGUGCGCUCCAGUGAGAAAAGGCAGAAGAAGAUUAUUGCCACUUCACGAAACUUCGCAAUUGUGCUCGCUUACCCCGGUGGAGGAGAGGAGAUGUACGCCCGAGGAACCGACGUCUGCAAAACAAAACGAAAGGCCGAAGAAAAGGCCUCCGAAAAGGAAGACAGUCAAGAAUUCCAAGCGUAAUACAAAUGAUAUCAAACACGAUACCGCGAGCAAGCCAACGUUGUCGGACAGUGAUUGCGAUAUGCUUGAAAAUAGGAAACAAGAGGUCAAGAAAACGCGAAGGCCGAAAAAAGUUAUUAGCAAGAAGAUCCUCGUGAAGAAGUUUGCCGAUGAAAAUGUGUUGAAUUUAUUACAAGAGAAUAGACAGGAUAAAAGAGAUCAUUUAACGGAAGACAGAGAUUCCUUAGACGAUUUUGUAAAGUGUCGCACAAUAUUGUCGACGCAACGGAACAAGCACAAGUCUCAAAAGAUCGUCAUCGUAACGACCGGUCUAUCAAAAGGGGACAAAAGUUUGGUGAACAGUAUCGUCAAAUCUCUUGGCGCGGCCGAGGUGGAGAUGAACGUGUCAAGACGGACGACUCACGUUGUGAGUACGGGCGUGCGUACGGUGAAUCUUCUCCGUGGCAUAAUAAGGGGCUGUUGGCUGGUUACUUUGGAGUGGGUUCUGAAGUCCUUGGAAAACAACGCGUGGUUAAAUCCAGAGACGUUCGAGAUGAAGCAUUUCUCUAAAGCUGUGCAGGAAAAUCGGAAGGACCGGCAGUUAUUUGGACUCUCGUACACCCCAGAAUUGUUCAGCGCGUGUGGAUUCAUACACAUUGAGCACAAAACCACAAUGCCGUGCGACACGCUUAAGGAACUUAUAAAGACGGCAGGCGGACACAUUACCGAGAAUAUUAAGCUCGCUAAAAUUAUUAUUGGCGCAAAUGGCCUAAAGGAAACCUGGGUUGUAGAUUCUAUUACAACAGGCGAAUUACAGCUGACAAAGUUUUAUCAACGGAAUUGAAGUAGACGGGCGGAAAGAUAUUUGUCUAAAUAUAUAUAUAUUAUAUAAUUUUAAGAUUUAUAUGAUUAUUAUAGUACGAAAAAGAUAUUUGUUUACAAAAUAAUAUAUUUUUGUCAAACAGUUUAUAGAGAUCAUGUAAAAAAUAUUUGUAUACUUUUAUAAUGCUUAGUAUUAUUCAUGUAUAUCAUUGACAAAACAAAUCGAGUUAUCACAUUGUUAUAGUUUAUUUGUAGCUAUGUGUGAAGAAUAUUUAAUUUAAUUUACAAAACAAUUGUGUAUAAAGCGAUAUUUCACAUUAAUUACUAAUCAGAGUAAGCUACAAUAUUAAAUAUUUUUUCUGAAUACAUAAUAUUUACUUAUUGUGUUAUAAUAUUUAAUAUUGUGUCAUCACAAAUUAUACGUUAUACAUGUAUAUGUACAUUACAAUCGUACUUUAUAUACGAAUAUAAGAAACAUAAUUAGUAAGAAAAAUAUAAAUCCGUAAAUGCAGUAAU